GGCGGAUGGGUUUGAAGAUUUCGCGGGGGUUGGUUCGCUUCGCUUCUGUGGGCGAUGCGGCGGCGCCGCGUGCCAGUUCACAUUUCCUUCGUCUCUGACUGGUGGGGCCCUCUGAAUAGUUGAACCCCAACCUGCGGCGCGUGCCUCCCUGACCUCCACGCCCGCUCGCUCCCUGCCGGCCGGUGCUGCUUGGCGGCGCCGCUUACCUGAGGUGGAGGGAGGCGGCCCGCGCACUCCCACGGCGGCGCGGCGCUCGGCGCAGGUCCGAAGGAAGGAGCUCAGGUUUAGGGAGGGUAGGGUAAGCCCUCCCAAUCUCUUGCUGCUGCCGCCGCAGAUGGAAAUCUGCGACGAGCUGCGGUCGUUCGAGGCCACCGGCGUCUACCGCCUCGACGGCACCGGCACCAGCACCGGAGCCACCUUCCUCGACCCGGUCCGCCUUCUCAACGGGUCCUACCAGCGCUUCCGCGUCGUCCCUUCUGCGUACUACUCCAGAAGCUUCGAGCCGCCGCGUCAGCUAGGCGACCCAGAGACCGAGCAGCCAGAGAAGCGGAAGAAGCGCAAGCGUAAUCAGAAGCCGAAGCCGAGGGAGCUCAAUGCCAUGGAGCGGAUCGCUGAAGCGCGACACCAGGAAGCGAGGACUUUACUGUUGAGUGCACAUGAAUCACUCAUUAAGGAUAAAUAUCUACUGGAGCACCUUUCCAAGAUGAUCGAGGGCAAGGAGCACACACUUGAUGUGGGAAGUGGUCCUGAGAAUAAUUUCAUCGAGCUUGGGACCUCAUGGCGAGCACCAUUCUAUGAGAUUACUAUUUGCUUUCGGAAACCCCUUGUUCUGGGCAAUGGGGAAGGUUCCUUUCAUGCCCAAAGGACAUCCUUUCCACUAUUUAAUAGCAUAAUCAGUGUUGAAGCGAUUGAUGAGGCGGAAGGAGAGUUCCAGAAUAAGCGUUAUAUUUUACCAAGAGGAAGUUGCUUCUUGAUGUCCGACUUCAAACGUGUUCAAGAUCUCAUUCCUGGUAGUUCAGAUGAAGGGUAUACUAUAGUUGUUGACCCACCUUGGGAGAAUGGAUGUGUUCGUCAGAAAGAAGCGUACCCUACACUUCCCAACAGAUAUUUGCUGUACCUUCCAGUGCAAGAACUUGCCCAUACAGCCGGAGCCCUUCUUGUUUUGUGGAUUACAAAUAGGGAGAAACUGCGGAUGUUUGUUGAGAAAGAAUUACUUCCUUCUUGGGGGGUGAAAGACCCCACUGUGUUUUAUUGGCUGAAGGUGAAACCUGAUGGUUCUCUAAUUGGUGAUCUAGACUUGUUCCAUCACAGGCCUUAUGAGUGCCUCCUUCUUGGCUACAUAAAUGUUAACACAGAUGCUAAGCAAGAAUUAAACUUCAAGUUAUUAGAAGGAAGCCAAGUAAUCAUGAGUGUUCCAGGUGCUCACUCAAGGAAACCUCCCCUUGAGAAAUUACUAUCAGAAUAUAUUCCAGGUCCUAAACCUCCAAGAUGCCUCGAGCUUUUUGCCAGAGAGUUGUUUCCCAGAUGGACCUCUUGGGGAAAUGAGCCACUUCAUUUUCAGGAUUCCGUUUACUUCUCAGAGAAGUAUUCUGUGUUCAUUCGUCCUGUCGUGUUCCUUGCAUACCUACAUUUUGGAAGGUGGUUCCACAAGGACUACAUCUGCAGAACUCUGCAACUGCAAAUGCCGGGCGUCAGAUCAGGAUCCACCUCGCCGGAGCUCCGCCGCGUCCAGACGGUCCUACCCACCGCUUCCUCCAAGGUAGCCAGUGCCAGGGCCAAGCUAGCCGAGAGAGCCAAGUCGCCGGCCAAUUCGAAGGCGAAGGGACCGGAUGAUCAAGAGAGGCGGGGCAAGAGUGGUAGAGGGGAGAAUGACAGGCUUGUCCCGUCUGCGAGGCGUAGGAACUCGCCGCCGCCGCUGCCAGUUGGCCUGGACACGGGGAGGAUGAGGUGUUCCUGGAUCACCACAAACUCGGAUCCCCUCUAUGUUGCAUUCCAUGACGAAGAAUGGGCAGUUCCAGUUCAUGAUGACCGUACGCUCUUCGAGCUGCUCACGCUAUCACAAGCCUUAGCUGAACUCACUUGGCCUGCUAUUUUGAGUAAGAGGGAGGAAUUCAGGGAGAUGUUUGAUGGCUUCAACUCUGCAUCUGUCUCUGAAUUUACAGAGAAGAAGAUAAACCUGAUGAGGUCAAACGGAAGUGUGCUGCUGUCAGAGCAAAAGAUACGAGCUGUUGUAACAAAUGCCAAGCAAAUGCAGAAGGUGGUUAAGGAAUUCGGAUCAUUCAGCAACUAUUGUUGGAGCUUUGUGAACCACAAGCCCAUCACAAACUGCUUCCGGUAUGCUCGCCAAGUACCUACAAAGACGCCGAAAGCUGAAGCCAUAAGCAGGGACUUGAUGCGCCGAGGGUUCCAGUGUGUUGGCCCUACAACGAUCUACUCCUUCAUGCAGGUUACCGGGAUCGUUAACGACCAUUUAUCGUGUUGCUUCAGAUUUAAGGCUUGCAGCCAACACAAGGCCAGUGAAAACAAUGUGAGAGCAGAAUCAACAUUGCCUGAUAGGAAGUUGAGCUCACCAUCUUCAGAGGAUUCAGAUAUCAGGGAGAUGUAGUUAAUCACUGAAGUCAGCUUGAUUUUUUUUAUCUGUGAUAGUCAUGACAGUUUGACAGUGCAUUGGGAUGCUACAGAGCAAGUGGUGUAUAUAGUGUAUAAGAAGAUUAAACGGCUUUCAGGUGUGGCGUGCUUUCUGACAUGUAUCAUAUUGGUAUUGCAGAAUGCACUUUGAUUGGCCUUGAUGUAAAGUGAUUCGUGUUGUUUUCUGAAUGUACGGUGUCUGGUCCUGGUGUCUAUGUACAGACAAUGCGGUAUACAAUGUUCUAGCAGUUCGCCAUUUCAUGGCUCUGUUCUUUUAUUCCCCAACAAAAGAA